AUGAAAUUUCCUCUUAGGGCCGUAAAAGCUUUAAAAAGCGGAGUGGAAAAUUCAGGCCUGGUGUCUGGGCGCAGUUGCACUGAGAUUCAUCCCCAGACUCAGCAAAGAAAUUCUAGCACAGAUGAAGAAAGUAAGGUUGUUCAGUCUUAUUUUAAGACGCAAGGAUGGAAUUUGAUUCGUCCAAUAUCGGCUGCUUAUUCUCCACCUUGUGAUUCUCCACAACCAAACACUGCAUCCUCCCUAUCCUCAUCUGCUCUCGAUCUACUUUAUCAACCUCUCAGUACUAAUCUCAAUUUAGCAAGUCGUGACAGUCUUGCACUGAAUAUAAUUGUAGCCAUCAGCCCACUUCUCUUUAUACCAAUAGAACGGCGAAGUGCCAAGAAUGGAAUUUCCGACACGCUCGGACGAUUUAGUUUGAACCGGGCUAUUCUACGUGAAAUCUUGCCAGCCGAAAGUCAGACAGGUGAAGAUUCUGAUUCUGAGACAGAGGAAAAUGAGAAUGGAGACGAAGAAGAAGAGGAGGAAGAGCAGGAAGAGUCUGAAGAAAUCGAAGAUGAGCUAGACACCAGAGACGAGAUCGUUGAGCAAAAUGAAGGAGGAAAUGAAUAA